GACUCUGGGCAGGACGGAGGAUGUCGCACUGCUCCAGUACAAAGAGUACAAGAGCAUCAAAGAUGAAAACAAGAGGCGGGACUUCAUAAAGAGCUGUCUCAGUCUUCCGUUUUCUCCGGAGGACUCUGCUCACGUUCAGGAUCACUACACUCUGCUGGAGAGGCAGAUCAUCAUCGAGGCAGCAGAUCAGAGAGCGGAGCGCGACGGAAAGAUGGAAAUCUUCCAGAAGUUUCCCAGAAAAGCUCCGAUCCUCUACAUGCCUCUGAUCACGACGCUGUACUACUGCUGCCUGUACCACUACAACGAGUCCGAGGGAACCUACAGCAGCCCGCUGAACAUCCGUCACACCUUCAGGGUCUCAAAGAAGCAGUAUUUUGCGACGGCGUUGGCGGCGAGGGCGAAGCUGAAGGCGUGGGCCGACGUGGACGCCCUCUUCGCCAGCCGGAACUGGCUCGGCAUGACCAAAAAGAAAUCGCCUCUGAGCUUCCARCGAGUCGUCGACAUCCUGCAGAAGAACUCCGCCCCCACACUGGUGCUGCAGGAGUACGUGGGACUGGUGGACGACGCGGAGCUGAGGAUCAGCCUGGCUCAGAAACACAAAUGUCACGACAUCRUCAUCAACACGUACCGGGACAUGAAGGACCGUCAGCUGUUAAUGGAGUACCGUAAGAAGGUGGAGCGAGGCUCCAYGGAGGACAGCAAGAUUAACCAGCUGCUCAAAAACACGCAAAUACGGUGGAAAAACUGAUGYGCAGACGCUGCUUCAGAGACUUUUAUUGUGAAAGUUCAGGUCCAGCUGCCUGUUUGAGACAACCCGUGUAUCACCUUUGCACACCAGUCUGUCAUCUGGCUCAAGUGUGACUCCUCCCACUGCGUAGGGAGAAGGCGGGGCUUAAUUUUCCUCCGAGUCCUUGUUUCCUCAUUUGGCUUUUGUGUAAUCAGAAAAAAUAAAACGUUCAGAAAAGAACAGAAGAGAGGA